CUGGAGUAGUAGACCAUUUGUAUCUGCAGCUCUGGAUGUGACUGGAGUAGUAGACCAUUUGUGACUGCAGCUCCGGAUGUGACUGGAGUAGUAGACCAUUCGUAUCUGCAGCUCUGGAUGUGACUGGAGUAGUAGACAAUUUGUGCCUGGAGUAGUAGACCACUUGUGACUGCAGCUGUGGAUGUGACUGGAGUAGUAGACCAUUUGUGACUGCAGCUGUGGAUGUGACUGGAGUAGUAGACCAUUUGUGACUGCAGCUCUGGAUGUGAGUGGAGUAGUAGACCAUUUGUAUCUGCAGCUCUGGAUGUGACUGGAGAGUUACUGGAGGAAUGUGAUCAGAGGAAUUCUUCAGGUUUGGUGUGCCGUGGGGGAGGGGAGCGUCCGGGGCGAGCUGGGUGUGAUGCUGGAAUACAAAGUAUCACCUGUAGCUCCAGAGGGCGGUCACAGACAGCGCGGCCGCCGCCCGGGGAACGUCUCAGAACCACGCGGCGAGGUCCAGCGAGCAAUGCCCAGGAUUAACCCGCGGGGCCACCCACCCAGUGCCGCAGGUACCACCGGUCGAUGGAGAAGCUUCUGCAGGAUUACUGAACGAAUCAACUGCCUCCUCCAUCUUCACCGACUGUCUCUACAUCAACUUCUACAAUAGUUCCUUCAGCCACAACCUCCAUCUCCAAGGACUAUCUUUAGAACCACAUUCUCCAUCUCCACCUAUAGUUCCUUCAACCACAACCUCCUCCAGGACUUUCCUUAAAUCUAGAUCUAGCAUCUCCAAGCACUGCCUCUACAACCACAUCCUCUAUCUCCAAGUUUUCCCAGAACCACAUCUUCCAUCUCCAAGUACUUUUCCCAUUACCACAUCUUCCAUCUCCAAGUACUUUUCCAAGAACCACAUCUUCCAUCUCCAGGGACUGUCCCUGGAACCACAUCUUCCAUCUCCAAGGACUAUCUCUAGAAGCACACUCUCCAUCUCUAAGGACUGUGCCUAGAACCACAUCCUCCAAGAACUAUCCCUUCAAAUCAAUCCUACAUUUCCACGGAUUGCUCCACCUGUCUCCAGGAUGAAUUUCCGCAACCUGAUAUCUCCACUGAUCAUCAUACGUUUCUUCCAGAUCUUUCUUUCCUGCACGGCAUUCAGUUUGGUGGCCAGUGUAGACGCAUACCAUAACCAAUAUGGUGCUUGGAGUAUGUUUACGUGGAUCUUGGCCUUCAUCAUGACCAUCUUAAUAGUUGUUCUGGAGUUGACUGGAUUCUACAACGCCAUCCCCAUAUCUUGGGAGGACUUCACCUCUGCUUUCUCCAUGUUGGCCUCAUUGAUGCUCUUCACCACCUCCAUCAUGUAUCCUUCAGUCUUCCUACAGGGCGUGUGCAGUGGACACAACUGCGCUUGUCGCGGGGCCGCCACUGCCAUGUCUAUCCUGUGUUUCUUUGCUUAUGCCAUUGAGGUGGGCCUUACGCGUGCAAAACCUGGGGAGAUAAGUGGAUUUCUGUCCACCGUGCCGGGACUCUUGAAGGUCUUUGAGACCUACGUGGCCUGCAUCAUCUUCUCCCUUCUUCCGGGAAUUUACCCGUAUCCUGGGCUCCAGUGGUCCGUGGCGGUCUACUCCAUCUGCUUCAUCAUCACGGCGCUCAUCAUUUUGCUCACCAUUGGUCGCCUCUUGGCGAUGUUGCCUGUAAAUAUUGAGAAGGUCCUCAUUGGUUUCAACAUUUUGGCGGUGGCGAUGUACCUCACCGUGGUGGUUAUAUGGCCGCUGUAUUUUUUCAAGAUAGCUUUAAACGGGAGUGCACGGGACAAUGGAAUUGGCAUCACGGUCCUGACCUGCAUUAACUUUUUGGCGUACGUUGUGGACUUGGCGUAUUCCUGCAGGAUGGUUUUCUUUACGGUCCAAGCCUAGACUCCAGAGAGACCUAAGAACAUGGACAUCCUAGUCUAAGGGCGGGGAAGACGACAGACGCUAAUAAGAUCAUGUGUGAAGGUGGACACACAGAACCAUAGAAAUCAUUGGAACAAUAGAGGUUGUUGUCCCAGGCUGGGCCCCGACUCUUGAGGGCCCACAGAUACGAACAUAAGGGAUUUAUGAAACUGAAAGCAGAACUGCCUUUGUUCCCCAUAGCAACCAAUCACAGCGCAGCUUUCAUUUCAUACUCUGCUCUUGGGAAAUGAAAGCUGUGCUGUGAUUGGCUGCUGUGGGCAACAAAGACGGGCUUCUUCCUGCCCCUGUAUGUUGCUCUAUGACACAAUCACAUCAUCAUACUAUACCAUACACAUUAUAGAGGUCCUAAACUCAGCUCUGCUACAUCUGUACACAGAGCUGUCUUUAUACAUUAGCUUGUGGGUACAGUAAAUGUAGAAAUGUAAUAUUCAUGCGCUUCCUAAAACUUUAAAGGGGUUGUCCAGGGUCAGAAAAACAUGGCUGCUUUCUUCCAAAUAACAGCGCCACACCUAUCCUCAGGUUGGGCGUGGUAUUGCAGUGAAUGGCGCUAAACUGCAAUCCCAGACAACACCUGCGGCGCUGUAUCUGGGUGAAAGCGGCCAUCUUUUCCUAAGCUUGGACAACCCAUUUAAAAGCACGUUGGUCAGAUUUAACCCACUGAAACCCACAAAAUAUUAGCCCUACUCACAGCACAAAGGCAUGUUGAGGAACAGAGAUUUGCAUUACUUUAAGGCUUUAUACAAUUAUUAUUUUUUUUAAAUAUAAGAUUUUUUUUUUGUAUGUUUGUCCACAAUAAUGGGCAUUGUAGUGUAGGAACGCGGGCAUACGCGGGGCAGCAUACCCGAUCAAACAAUAGUAUUUACCUGAAGCAUAUUAUCUGUAUACCAGUCGAUUUUUGUGGCAGAAAACAUGUUAAAAAACAAAAACAUUUUAAAAAAAAUAUAUAAAUUUGGUCAAAUUCCUCUUAAUCCGGCACCCACAGGCCUUAUCGAGGGGGCGGAUUACUGGAUAUUCUGGAUUAUUGGACAGUGUAUUAAACCUUAUAAUCUUCGGACCGCUCAGCGUUGGACACCACCAGAUUCCGGAUGGAAGGAAUUUCCCGGAUGUGUUUGUCAUUGCGACAUUAAAAUGCUUUGC